CAGCCUCUCAGGUGCUGGGAUUACAGGUGUAUUCCAGAGAAAAGUUCUCAAACAUCUUUGGUGUAUUUGAUGCUGAGUGACUGUCAGGGGACUCAGGCUUAUGAGGAGGUACUGUCACACAGAACAGUGUCUAGUGAAGACGACAAGAAAGAGAGGAAAGGAUCGGAAAAAGAAGCUAAAACACUAUAGAAAACCAUGAGAUCUAUUCGAUCUUUUGCCAAUGAUGAUCGCCAUGUUAUGGUGAAACAUUCAACCAUCUAUCCAUCUCCAGAGGAACUCGAAGCUGUUCAAAAUACGGUAUCUACUGUUGAGUGUGCUCUUAAACAUGUCUCAGAUUGGCUGGAUGAAACAAAUAAAGGCACAAAAUCAGAAGAUGAGACAGAUGUGAAGAAAGAUGAGGCUGUAGAAAACUAUUCCAAGGACCAAGCUGGUCGGACAUUGUGUGGUGUAAUGAGGAUUGGCCUGGUUGCAAAAGGCUUGCUGAUUAAGGAUGAUAUGGACUUGGAACUGGUUUUAAUGUGCAAAGACAAACCUACAGAGACCUUGUUAAAUACAGUCAAAGAUAAUCUUCCCAUUCAGAUUCAGAAACUUACAGAAGAGAAGUACCAAGUGGAACAAUGUGUAGAUGAAGCAUCUAUUAUAAUUCGGAAUACAAAAGAGCCCACCACUGGGGUGGAUUCAGGAGUGGACAGAGGGGUCUCUGAGAGUCCCUUCUUGUGUACCGGUGCCUGUGUGAGCUUCCGACUACUCUUAGCAGAAGUUCCCUCGCGUGUGUCCUGUUACGAAAAUGUUGCGAUGAAAGAUCCUCCGGACUUACUGGACAGGCAGAAAUGCCUGAAUGCCUUGGCGUCUCUCCGACAUGCCAAAUGGUUUCAGGCAAGGGCAAAUGGACUAAAAUCAUGUGUGAUUGUUCUACGCAUUCUACGUGAUUUGUGUAACAGAGUCCCUACGUGGGCACCAUUAAAAGGAUGGCCACUAGAGCUUAUAUGUGAAAAGUCUAUAGGUACUUGUAAUAGACCUUUGGGCGCUGGGGAGGCCUUGAGACGAGUAAUGGAGUGUUUGGCAUCUGGAAUACUACUUCCUGGGGGUCCUGGUCUUCAUGAUCCUUGUGAGCGAGACCCGACUGAUGCUCUGAGCUAUAUGACUGUCCAGCAAAAAGAAGACAUUACCCAUAGUGCACAGCAUGCACUCAGACUGUCAGCCUUUGGCCAGAUUUAUAAAGUGUUGGAGAUGGACCCUCUUCCAUCUAGUAAGCCCUUUCAGAAGUAUUCCUGGUCAAUUACUGACAAAGAAGGUGCUGGUUCUUCAGCUCUAAAGAGGCCUUUUGAAGAUGGAUUAGGGGAUGAUAAAGAUCCCAAUAAGAAGAUGAAGCGAAACUUAAGGAAAAUCCUGGAUAGUAAAGCAAUAGACCUUAUGAAUGCACUAAUGAGGCUCAAUCAGAUCAGGCCUGGGCUUCAGUAUAAGCUGUUAUCUCAGUCUGGCCCUGUCCAUGCUCCAGUCUUCACAAUGUCUGUGGAUGUGGAUGGUACAACAUACGAAGCCUCAGGACCGUCCAAGAAAACUGCAAAACUUCAUGUAGCAGUGAAGGUAUUGCAGGCAAUGGGAUACCCAACAGGCUUUGAUGCAGAUAUUGAAUGUAUGAGUUCCGAUGAAAAAUCAGAUAAUGAAGGCAAAAAUGAAACCGUGUCUUCAAACUCAAGCAAUAAUACUGGAAAUUCUACAACUGAAACCUCCAGUACCUUAGAGGUAAGAACUCAGGGCCCUAUCCUCACAGCAAGUGGCAAAAACCCUGUAAUGGAGCUCAAUGAAAAAAGACGAGGGCUCAAGUAUGAACUCAUCUCAGAGACUGGUGGGAGCCACGACAAGCGCUUUGUAAUGGAGGUAGAAGUAGACGGACAGAAAUUCAGAGGCGCAGGUCCAAAUAAGAAAGUGGCAAAGGCAAGUGCAGCUUUAGCUGCUUUGGAGAAGCUGUUUUCUGGACCCAAUGCAGCAAAUAAUAAGAAAAAGAAGAUUAUUCCUCAGGCAAAAGGUGUUGUGAACACAGCUGUGUCUGCAGCAGUCCAGGCGGUUCGAGGCAGAGGCAGAGGUGCUCUGACCAGGGGAGCUUUUGUUGGGGCUGCGGCUGCUCCUGGCUACAUAGCUCCAGGCUAUGGCACUCCGUAUGGUUACAGCACAGCUGCUCCUGCCUAUGGUUUGCCCAAGAGAAUGGUUCUGUUACCCGUUAUGAAAUUCCCAACAUAUCCUGUUCCCCACUACUCAUUCUUUUAGCAAAUGACAGAAGCUCAUUCCUAUUGAACAACAGU